AUGGCGAAGAGGCCCUCGGCAUAUGUGGAAACUGAGGCCCAGGCUACGGCCACAGGCAGCUGGAGCUCUCAGUUGGGUGUGGCUUCUCCUGGACAUUCCUUUGACUUCAGGUCAGAGGAGCCAACUUCAAAAGCCUUGUCCGCCUGCCUCCGCCUGCGUCCAGGGGAGCUCUGUUGGCCGGGCUCGGAACUGGACCUGGAGUGGCAGCCGCACUCCCUACCUGAGGACCCCAGGAUCAUGUCCGAGAGCCAGUAUCCCUUCCAGGGGCCUCCCAAGUCCACGCUCUGGGCGCUCCUGCUGGCGCUGUUGGGGGCCGCUCCGGGCCGGGCCGGGAUCCGCGCCUGCAGCGUCCCCGACGUGCUUCACCACUACCGCGCGGUUAUCUUCGAGGACCUGCAGGCCGCGGUGAGGUGGACCAGGCCAAGGGUCGAAGGGGCUGGACCGGGCUUCAGACACCUCCAUUUCAUUCAGAAAAACCUGACUGGAGACGCGGUCUCCCGACGGCGGGGCCGAGUGGGAGUCUCAUGUGGCGCCCAGAAGGAGCACAGUAUUCUACUGUCCAUCGUGGCCCUGGGUCGGACCCUACGUGGGGCGGUGGCCGGGGGCCGUCGUGGGGCUCUGGAGAAGGCGGCGUGGACUGUGGCGGUGCGCACUGAGGCGGUGAUGCGACGCCACUGCCGGAAGCUGCGCCAGCGGAGCUGGCGGCCGGAGACGCGCCCUUCCUGGCGUCCGGGCGGCCGGAGGCGGCUCCUGCUGCGUGCCCUGGAUGCCGUCGCCACCUGCUGGGAGAAGCUGUUCGCGCUGCGCGCGGCCACUGACAGCUCCUGGGGCUCCUAG